AUGCGGGGCGAUCAGUAUCAACUCGAGACCAUACCUGAGACCAAGGAGAUUCAGGAGGGGAAAGGAAAAUAUAACCAGCAUCUAAAACAAAACAGCAAACAGGAGCCUGUCCAGUUACUAAAACAAAAUGGUGUACACGAGCCUGGUGUCGUAGCUAGGUAUGACGUCGAAGAUCCGGAAACGCAAUGUGGUAUGGGAUCGUGUAAACCGGAAGGACUUCAGUCAUGUGCUUCUAUGAAGCUUUUCGUGUUCUUUUUCAGUAUUAUGUCGAUUUUUACCCAAUCUAAUACUGUCUACCUGUCUUCUCAAAUCACGUCAGUUGAAAAACAGUUUAAACUAAGCAGUACAUACUCAGGGACGCUGUUGUCGUGCAACGAAAUCGGACAAUUGUCCGUGGUGCUUUUGAUAAGUCAUUUUGGCCACAAUGGACACAUUCCUAGAAUCCUAGCAGGUCUAUCCAUAUUAUACAGUAUUUCUAUGAUAACUACAGCAAUUCCAUACUUCGUAGCUCCGUACGAGCUUCCGACAGAUCCAGAAAUAUUCAACACGACGGAGCCCAGCGAUAGCAGAUACUGUUCAGCAAUUAAUAGCACAUUAGAGGAAACGGGAGAGAACUCUUUCACGUCUAACGCCGGUAUAAUGUGGGCUCUGUACAUCAUCGGUGCAUCAAUUGCCGUUCAAGGACUGGGAAAAGCACCGAAACGAUCCUUGACCAUUACCUACGUGGACAAUAAUAUCUCUGAUAGAACCAAAACAGGAGUAUAUUUAGGUACAACUGUAGCAGCCAGUAUCCUAGGACCAUCAUUUGCUAUAUUAAUUGGAUCUGCUAUGAGUAGUCUACCAGUGGAUCUCUCAGAUACAAAGUUGUUGCCGACAGAUCCACGAUGGGUUGGUUGUUGGUGGUUGGGAUUUGUGGCGUUUGGUUUAAUUGGUACUUUCGUCAGCAUUCCUGUAUUGUUCUUCCCGAAGAGACUCGCGGAAGCUGCCCCUGUUCCUAAGAAUGAACAUGAGAAGAAUGUUGAUGCUGAUAAAGAACCAUCUUCAAUCCUUGGUGUUCUAAAACAUCUACCUAUGUCACUAUUACGUGUAUUCCGGAAACCAGUCUACGUAUUUACCUUGAUCUCUAUCUGUUUCAUCAAUUUCUCUGUCACCGGAAUCAUUUUCUUCGGACCCAAAUAUCUCCAAACACAGUUCUAUUUACCAGCUUGGAAGGCAAAUUUAAUCCACGGUUCUUCCCAUAUUGUAACUGCAGUCAUUGGAACCUUCACUGGUGGUUGGAUCACUUCUAAAUUUAAAAUGGGCAGAUUGAAAUGUCUGAAGUUUUUACUAUUGGUAACCUCUCUGUCCUGUCUGUGUACAGUAGCUACUAUAUUUACUGGAUGUCGAGACCAGUCAGUCGUAGGUCUGGAUACUAAUCUGGUUAUACAGACGAUUGAAACAGACAAACCAUGCUACUGUGACCAGAAAGAAUUUUUCCCAGUUUGUAGCGAGGCACAGCAAACCUACCUUAACCCUUGUGUUGCCGAAUGCUGGAACAAGACAGACACGAGUUAUGGCGACUGUAAACAACUGAAUGGUGGUAGUGUCCAGAUUGGAAUAUGUGAUAUAGAUUGUCACCUCAUGUUCUAUCUCUUCCUGUUAUUCUCUCUAUCCCAGGGGUUACUAGGAACUCAGGGCAUCAUGCCUAAUCUUCUGGUUAUUGUAAGGUCUGUUGAUGAGCGAGACAAGUCGAUGGCGGUGGGUGUCAUGGUCUUUGUCACAUCCUUAUUAGGAUGGUUGCCAGCGCCAAUAGUAUACGGAGCCGUACUGGAUGGUACUUGUAGGUUGUGGGAGAAUACUCUAGGGGGCGAGAAGGGCUCGUGCCAAAUGUACUUCUUGGAGGAUUUACGGUACCGAUUCUUAGGACUUGAAUCUUGUUUAAAAUUCGUCAGCUUCCUGAUUUUUAUUCUCGUCUUUUUUAUUUGUCGAAGGCAAGAGAGGAAAGCAGAUUUAAAAACUCAGGCGUCGAACACUAAAAUGUAA